UUAUAUUGCCGUCGUACGGCUCCACAUUCGCAAUCGGGCGAUGGUAAAGAUCGUCCAGAAAAUCGCAAAGGUUCUAUAUAUUGCCGCUGCACGUCGUCAAGGUUGCAGAUUUUCUUCGUUUUCAUCGGCGAGUUCCAUCGAAAUGGCAAAAGUGUGUUUGAUCGUAAUCGAUGGCUGGGGCAUUUCGGAAGAGAAGGACGGCAAUGCCAUCGCUGCGGCCGAAACACCGGUGAUGACGAAGCUGUCUGCGGUCAAGGACAAGUACACGACGCUGGAUGCUUCUGGCUUGUCUGUCGGCCUGCCGCGCGGCCUCAUGGGCAACAGUGAGGUCGGUCACAUGAACUGUGGUGCCGGACGUGUGUGCUGGCAGGACAUCGUCAGAAUCAACCUGGCCGUCGAGAACAAGUCGCUGUACACCAACGGCACGUUUGUCAGCGCUUGUGAGAGAGCAAAGUCUGGCAAUGGGCGACUUCACCUGCUCGGGCUGGUCUCCGAUGGCGGUGUCCACUCCCACAUUGACCACCUGCUCUGUAUGCUGGAGGGUGCCAAGAUGAACGGCGUGAAGGAUUGCUUCGUGCAAUACUUUGGUGAUGGCAGAGACACGAUACCGACCAGUGGAGUGGGAUACGUCAAGAAGGUGCAGGACCACAUGAAGGCGAACAACUACGGCACGCUGGCGACCGUCGUCGGCCGCUACUUCGCGAUGGACCGGGACAAGAGGUGGGAGAGGAUCAAGAUCGCCUACGAGGGUCUCGUGCAGGGCAUCGGCGAGACAUGCGCCGAGUCCGACGUCAUCUCGUUGAUGCAAAAGCGCUACGACAUGACGGGCGCCGAGCGUCAGACCGACGAGUUCCUGAAGCCGAUCAUAGCUUCACAGGAUGGCCGCAUCAAAGAUAACGACACCCUGAUCUUCAUCGACUUCCGUGCCGACAGGAUGAGACAGAUCACCGAAGCUUUCGGCGUCAAGACUCAGUUCGAGACUUCUGUCGUGCCGAAGAACAUUGCCGUCAACUGCAUGACGCGGUACAACGCCGAAUGGAGCUUCCCGCUGCUGUUCCCGCCCGUGUCGAUGAAGAACGUGCUCGCCGAGGCCAUCGCAAACAACGGCGUCUCUCAGUUCCAUUGCGCAGAGACGGAGAAGUACGCCCACGUGACCUUCUUCUUCAACGGUGGCGUGGAGCAGAAAUUUGACAAGGAAGAGAGGAAGCUGGUUUCGUCACCUAAGGUUGCGACCUAUGACCUCCAGCCGGAGAUGAGCUGCGCUGGUGUGGCAGACGAGAUGGUGGCGACGAUCAAGUCUGGGAAGCAUCCGUUCGUCAUGUGCAACUUUGCCCCACCGGACAUGGUCGGCCACACAGGGGUCUACGAGGCCACGGUGAAGGCAGUCACUGCCACCGACGUGGCGAUUGGGCGCGUGCACGACGCUUGCAUGAAGCACGGCUACGUGUUCUUCCUCACGUCGGACCACGGAAACGCCGAGAAGAUGUUUAGUGAAUUCGGAGGCCCGCACACGGCGCACACGACUAACCGCGUACCUUUCAUCUUGUCGAACAGCGUCAACAAGCGCGUCUACCGCGAGAUCAAGCACAACGCGGCGCUGUGCGACGUCGGACCCACCGUGCUUGACAUGAUGGGUUUCGCGAUCCCGAAGGAGAUGGACGGACAGACGCUGCUCGCCUAGCAAUGCUGCGGUGUUCCUCGUUCCGCAGGGAUGCUCGGCAGCCGGCGCGGCGCGCAGGAGCUCGCGGUUAACAUAGUAGUUCAUGCCUAGUCUGCUUCGCUAGCGUAGCUCCGCUCAGUACAGGGUUUCGUUUUUUUUCACUCGCUCUCCACGCGUGGCUCGCCUCGUGGAGUCGAGUGUUUCACCGGUGAAAAGUUUUAGUUGUGCGGGGGUGGCGCGCUCGCCGGCUCUGUGGCUUGCUGCCCGCGUUCAGUGUCUCGCGGUUCGAUCGCGAAAAUGCAGAUCAAACGAUCGGUCGAAUCGACGAGGGAAAACUCUGUGCGCGGAGGUUACUGCAGGUUAUGGCGCUUGCGUCCACUCCUAGCACAAUCAUUCCUAAAUAGUGUCACUCGCGUCACCGCUAGUCUGUCAUUCAAUUCACAGUAAAACUUUUGGCCAGAAUUUAGUAGCUCACACUGCCAGCUUGGAAGGGGUCGGUACCGAUGGUGGGUGUACGAAGGGUAAGUUCGGAGGUUUGACGUCCGGCGUUUACCUGCUGUGACCGUUAGUCAGUUAAUGAUUUGCUGCACAGGAGGACUGCGUGCGGACAUGCACGCUUGUUAGUCAAUCAUGUCGCGUGUGCACACUUGUGAAGCAAGAGAAAUAAACAGUAACUGCCAAUGUCACCACGCAUAAAGACAUCGCAUGUAAGAGUAAUCCGAGUGUCUGUUAUCGCUGAAUCGCACAAGCGUCGUUUGUGUUUGUUUGUAGAAAGGUACGACAGCGUGGUUUUUCAGCGGCGAGUUGGCAACUUGUGUACGGUGAUGGUCCGAAAGGUCACGUCCCCCCAACCAACCCCCAGAAUCUCUCUCAUCACGGCACUGUUGCUCUUUUCUUCCAGAUUGGUAAAAAGAGUCCAAAUCUUGUUUCUGUCCAUAAAACAGUUACAAUAAAAAUUUAAGAAGUUUUAAGGGUAAAUCCUUUCUUCGCUUCUCAUCGCACAUUUCUGACUACCACACGGAUAGAGGGAGGGGGGAAGCCUCACAUAUGCCACUUGCCAUUUGUUGUUUUUAUUGUUGUUGUUACGUUUAUGAAUGUUGUCCGAUUUCACAUGAAGCAAUACUGUGUAACGAUUGUCGUUGCGACACAUUGUGGCAGCUUAGCCUUAAAGGAUAGAACAAUCAACGCGUAUGGUUCCAGUUUUCCCUCGCAUGCAACGAUGCACAAGAUACAUCCGCAUCGAAGAUGAUGAUCGAUCUUUUGGCUUCCCCUCGAGGUUGAAGCGUUGACGUUCAAGGGUAUUGUUACCAACUAUUGUGUUUACUAGCAGUUACUAAGGAGUGAAUAAAAAUAGGAAAUACUGAUGAAA